UAAACCACAUGACAUUAUUGUCAAUUUUCCAAACCAGCUUUCACUGUUUCCAAAUUUUUUAUCAACCUUUUUUUCUUAUUAAGGACCUGGUUUUUGCUUAGGAUUCAAGCUCUCUUUUUUAUUUCAACCUCUUUUCCUCACCUUAUCUUUCACUGAGAAUUGGUUAUCUAACUUUUUUUCCUUGUCACAAUAAGAAAAAAAGGGUCAGUAUUUUCUUGUUAUGUUGAUGGCAAUUAAAGGCAAAAGACUGCUGGUUGGUUAGCAAAUUGCAUUUCACAUAAUGGGUUGGCUGACCAAGAUUCUUAAAGGUUCAGGUAAUAAAGGGCGAUAUCAUGGGAGAUAUGGAGAUGAUAGAACUUGGGAUGAGCCUCGCCGUUCAGCGGAAGGCUCGGAUGGUUUUGACAAAGAUGAUAUUGAUCGUGCUAUUGCACUGUCCCUUUCAGAAGUAGACCAGAAGGGGAAGGAAGUGAUAGAAGAUGAGUCUGAACCGGAGGAGGAAUCAGAUGAGGAUCAACUAGAUGCUAAAGGUCAUGUAGAGGAUGAGGAUGACAAAUUCUCCGAAGCUCAUUUGGAGGAGGAAGAGGACAGAUAUGCUAAAGCUCAUGUAGAGGAAGAGGAUGACCAAUAUGCCAAAGUUCAACGGGAGGAAGAUGAAGAACAUGCUAAAGUUCAAUUGGAAGAAGAUGAACAACUUGCUAAGGCCAUUCAAGAAAGUUUGAAUGUGGAGUCUCCACCUCGUUAUGGUCAUGGGGGUUUAUUUUCACCUUAUCCAUUCUUCUUUUCAGCUAGCUACAGAAUCUGUGCUGGUUGUAAUGCUGAGAUUGGUCAUGGACGAUACCUGAGUUGCAUGGGUGCUGUUUGGCAUCCAGAAUGUUUUCGCUGUCAUGCUUGCAACAAGCCAAUUAAUGAUUAUGAGUUUUCAGUGUCUGGGAAUCGCCCUUUUCAUAAAUCCUGCUAUAAGAAGCAGCAUCAUCCAAAAUGUGAUGUUUGCAAGAAAUUUAUACCAACAAAUCUAGCUGGUCUUAUUGAGUAUAGGGCACAUCCUUACUGGAUGCAAAAGUACUGCCCUUCGCAUGAGCGUGAUGGCACUCCUCGCUGUUGUAGUUGUGAAAGAAUGGAGCCAACCGAUGCAAAAUAUUUAUCACUUGAUGAUGGUCGGAAGCUGUGUCUAGAGUGUCUAGAUUCUGCAAUUAUGGACACUCAUGAAUGCCAGCCUCUUUACCUUGAAAUCCAAGAAUUUUAUGAAGGAUUACAUAUGAAAGUGGAACAGCAGGUUCCUCUACUUCUGGUUGAGAGGCAAGCUCUGAACGAGGCCAUGGAGGGAGAAAAGAAUGGGCAUCAUCACUUACCAGAAACUAGAGGACUCUGUUUGUCAGAAGAACAGACUGUUACCACUGUCUUAAGAAGGCCAAGGAUUGGGGCAGGCUAUCGGUUCAUAGACAUGAUAACUGAGCCUUACAGGCUAAUUCGGCAAUGUGAAGUUACAGCUAUUCUCAUUUUGUAUGGUCUUCCUAGGUUGCUGACAGGAUCUAUCCUAGCCCAUGAGAUGAUGCAUGCUUGGCUUAGGCUUAAAGGCUAUCCUAAUCUGAGUCUAGAAGUUGAGGAAGGUAUAUGUCAGGUUUUAGCACAUAUGUGGCUUGACUCUGAGAUCUACGCUGCAGCGGGAAGUGAUGCUGCUUCAUCCUCAUCCUCAUCAUCUUCAUCUUCAUCAUCGUCACCAUCUUCAUCCUCUUCCACAUCAUCAAAGAAAGGCAGGCGCUCUGAUUUUGAGAAGAAACUUGGUGGUUUCUUCAAGCACCAGAUCGAGUCGGAUGCAUCCACAGCUUAUGGAGAGGGAUUUAGGCAAGGUAAUCGAGCAGUGAACAAGUACGGUCUUAAAAGAACCCUUGAUCAUAUGCGGAUGACCGGAAGCUUUCCUCUCUGAUUUAAAAAACCGAACAAUAACUGGUCUUUACCUUUAUAUCAUCUGAGAAGCGGAUUCCUAUCAUAUUAAAAUCUCGUACAAUCAAAAGCCAUAAAGAUUAAUACAUGAUAGAAGUGAAUAAGCAAAAUGAAAACGUUCAUUUGCAAGUAUUGUAAACUUCUUCUCGCACAGCAUGUUACUAGUUACUAUACUGUACUUAAGUACUUGUAAACCAUAAGAAAUAGAAUAUACCACAGGUGCAUAUAUAUAUCUAUAUUAUGUUGUACUCA